UUAAAUAUAUUUAUUUGCUCUAUUGUUGAUUUGUCGGACGCCAUUGAAAGAGCAGGAGCGAGCAGUGCAGAGGAGAAAAUGGCGGCAAAACGGAAAAUCCCAAUCAAGACCCGAAACCCAGAUCUAAUCCGUGGCGUGGGCAAGUAUUCAAGGUCUAAAAUGUACCACAAGCGUGGUCUUUGGGCAAUCAAAGCCAAAAACGGCGGCGUUUUCCCCCGCCACGAUCCCCAGGCCAAGACUCCCGCCGUUGCCGAGAAGCCUCCCAAGUUUUAUCCCGCCGAUAAUGUCAAGAAGCCGCUUCUUAAUAAGCGCAAACCCAAACCCACCAAGCUCAGGGCUAGCAUUACUCCUGGUACCGUGUUGAUUUUGUUGGCUGGUAGAUUUAUGGGGAAGAGAGUUGUUUUCUUGAAGCAACUCACUUCCGGGCUCCUUUUGGUUACUGGACCAUUUAAGAUCAAUGGUGUCCCUCUAAGGCGUGUGAACCAAUCAUAUGCUAUUGCUACUUCCACCAAGAUCGACAUCUCUGAGGUUAAUGUAGACAAGUUCGACGACAAGUACUUCACUAAGGAAGUGGUGAAGAAGAAAAAGAAGAAUGAGGGAGAGUUUUUCGAAGCUGAAAAGGAGGACAAAAGGAAACUGCCUGAAGAUAAGAAAGAAGACCAGAAAGUUGUUGAUGCCUCGUUACUUAAGUCCAUCGAGAACGUCCCAGAUUUGAAGGCCUACCUUGCCGCUAGAUUUUCACUGAAGUCUGGCAUGAAACCUCAUGAACUUGUUUUCUAGAGGGAAUUUUGCACUUAGCUUGGAUUUGUAGUGUCAAUGGUUUUAUCGACAGAUUUUUUAUGGGGAAAACCAAAAUUUUUUGUGUAUCAUCUUUUGCUUUGUUA